UCCUGUCCGGGUUCCGGGGUUGCACGUGUGGAGAGGCCUAAAGACGCCCCUGGGGUCGGGUGUUUGCCGGCGUUUUGGUAGAAGCGAGUCCCUUCCCCGAGGAGUAGGAGCGUGCGGUCGACGCUCUUCUCUGGGGUGAGCGCCGCGCGACUCCAACAUGCCUCACAGGAAGAAAAAGCCUUUUAUCGAGAAGAAGAAAGCUGUAUCUUUCCACCUGGUCCACCGGAGCCAGCGAGAUCCUUUAGCCGCCGAUGAGACUGCACCCCAGAGGGUUCUGUUGCCCACACAGAAAAUAGAUGAUGAAGAGAGGCGAGCCGAGCAGAGGAAGUACGGCGUAUUCUUCGACGACGACUAUGACUAUCUGCAGCACCUGCGGGAGCCGUCUGGGCCGGCAGAGCUUCUUCCCACCGGUGCCUUCAGCGCACCCAGAGGAAGAGAUGAAAAAGAAGAAACCUUAGAAACUUCAACCACGGGAAUUCAGUUGCCUUCAUCAGUAUUUGCUUCAGAGUUUGAGGAAGAUGUUGGAUUGUUGAAUAAAGCAGCUCCUGUUUCAGGACCUCGACUGGAUUUUGAUCCUGACAUUGUUGCGGCUCUCGAUGAUGAUUUUGACUUUGAUAAUCCAGACAACCUGCUUGAAGAUGAUUUUAUUCUUCAGGCCAAUAAGCCAACAGAGGAAGAUGGAAUGGAUGUACAGAAGGCUGAGGCUGGAGAUGACAGUGAGUGGGAAGAUGUGGAUGAUGAGACGGGAAGAGGCAGUGACGAUGAGAGCUGUGGCUCUGCGGGCUCCUCGGCUGAGGCCAUGUCUGUCCAGGGAAGACCUCCUGGGGCUGUAGAACAUCAUCUGUUCUGGGAAGAGGAGACGAAAAGUCGCUUCACUGAGUAUUCUAUAACAUCCUCGGUCAUGAGGAGAAAUGAGCAGCUGACUCUCCAUGAUGAGAGAUUUGAGAAGUUUUAUGAGCAGUACGAUGAUGAUGAAAUUGGAGCUCUGGAUAAUGCUGAAUUGGAAGGUUCCAUUCAAAUAGACAGCAAUCGCUUAGAGGAAGUCUUGAAUGACUACUAUAAAGAGAAGGCAGAGAAUUGUGUAAAACUGAAUAGUCUUGAACCCUUCGAAGAUCAGGACCUGCUGAUGAAUGAACUGGAUAGGUCUGACGAGGAAGAGAUUAUUACUGUAGUUCUUGAAGAAGCUAAAGAGAAAUGGGAUUGUGAAUCUAUUUGUAGUACAUACUCCAAUUUAUAUAACCAUCCGCAACUUAUCAAAUAUCAACCAAAGCCCAAACAAAUCCGAAUAUCUUCUAAAACAGGAAUACCUCUCAAUGUCUUACCUAAGAAAGGACUCACAGCAAAGCAAGUUGAAAGAAUGCAGAUGAUUAAUGGCAGUGAUCUGCCAAAGGUGUCAACCCAACCUCGAUCUAAAAACGAAAGCAAAGAAGAUAAAAGAACAAGAAAGAAGGCUAUAAAAGAGGAGCGCAAGGAACGGAGAGUGGAGAAGAAAGCUAACAAAUUAGCCUUCAAACUGGAGAAAAGAAGGCAGGAAAAGGAGUUGUUGAACUUGAAGAACAAUGUUGAGGGUCUCAAACUCUGACGGUAGAACUUUAGGAUGAGGUGGCCUCCCCAUUGGGGCUCCUUGUUAUGUUCGGUAAUGUACAAGGAUCUUCAAAGAGACAAAAUUAUUUAAUCUGCCAUUUUUACUGGCAGGUAUUGAUACUACCAAGCUUUCUCUACCAUCUGUCUUGUAAAUAUUGUAACAUUUAAAAAAUAUUAUACAUUUAGAAAUAAAACUCCGAAAUAAAUGAUUUCACAAAUGUGAAAUGUUUGGAUGAGUUGAAGGAAAACAUCUUCAUAAUGUAAAUGGAAUUGUUGUAUUCUUCAUUUAUUUGUAUGAUUGUCCCAGCUGUCUUUUGCAGAUGUUCUCAACAAUUUUUUGAAACCUCUGCACUCCUUUUCAGGAGUUAAGUGAUUUAAUUUGCUGUAUGUAGAAAAGCAACCCCAUUAAGCCCCAUUUUGAAAAGCUGAGUGGUAAGAGUUUUCCUCAGAAGGUUCUCGUAGGAACUAAGUUUCCCUUGCUGUAUGCAAAGGCUAUUUUAGAAGGAUGGUAAAACUGAGUAUUAAGGUCGUUGGGACUCAAUUACUGGAUGACUGACUCUUGGAAUUUAGGAACAGUGAAGACAGGAAGCACAAGAAGAAAUAAUCAAGAAAACGGCCUUGGCUUCAGUGAGUACCUGGCUCCAAAUCAGAAAUAUUUACUUCAGUUUAAACUAGAAAGUUAGUCUUUUCAACAUUAUUUAAUGCUUGGAACCAUUCAUAUUUAAUUAAAAGACAUCGUUGAAAAUUUU